AUGGUGAACGUAGGUGAAGAUAGGUACGAAGACGCUAUCACUUCUUUCCACAUGGCACGGCUCUCCAUCAAACCGCCACCGUUCUGGAAGCCUGAUCCACGCUUGUGGUUCGCACAGGUGGAGGCGCAGUUUGUGCGAGCAGGUAUUACGGCCGAUGAGACGAAGUACUACACAAUUGUAGCUGAAAUUGAUUCAGCAGUUCUCACUCACGCUACCGACAUAAUUUCAUCACCACCUGUUAGUGGCAAGUACGACGCACUAAAGCAAAGACUGAUUACUGAAUUCGGCGAGUCGAACGAAAAAAGGCUCAAACGCUUAUUUGAAGGCUGCGAAUUGGGCGAGAAGAAACCCACUACUUUGCUUCGUAACAUGAAAGACUUAGCAAGUCAGCGAGUCGAUAAACACGUUUUGAAAUCAUUGUGGCUGCGACGUUUGCCUGUGCAAGUGCAGCAAAUUUUAUCAACGCUCGAGGGUGAUAUCGAAGCUUUGGCUAAGAAAGCCGAUAAUAUCAUGGAGAUUUCAACGACAAAUGGUAACAUAGAGGUCGUCGGUGUACCCAGCGAGGAUUCAUUACCUGCUAUUGCGGAUUUGAUAAGCAGGCUCGAUCGCCUCGAACGUGGCAGCAAUAACGGCAAGGUCAGGGAGGAACGGAACCGCAGCAAUGCAGUUUCGGGUACAACGUCAUCUACCAGUUCGCGCAGGACGACAACUCAACAAGCACACGACACUUGUUGGUAUCACCGCACUUUUGGUGAAAAUGCAACACGAUGCCGGCAGCCAUGUGCUUUCGGUCAGAAACGUUCGGAAAACUAA